AUGAGAUCAUCUGUUAUCACUUUAUUGACUAUUGCUGCCUCAGCCUUGGCAGCCCCAGCUGUUCAACAACAACACCACCACCACAACCAACAAAAGAGAGCUGUUGUUACUCAAAUUGUCUACGUUGACUCCAACGGUAACACUGUUUCAGGUCCAAGUGCUUCAGCCCACCCAAUUGUUGCCACUGUCUCCACCUCAGCUACUCCAGCUCAAACUACUGAAGCUAGCUCUGCUUCUUCCGAGGCAACCACCAGCUCCAAGUCAUCCUCAUUAUCAUCUUCUUCAUCCACCGAGGCUGCUUCUACCGAGUCUUCAAGCUCUGAUUCAAGCGGUGACAGCUCCAUCGCAGGUGACUUGUCUGCUUUCUCUGACCCAACUAAAGAGUUUGAAGAUGGUGUCUACUCUUGUGACACUGUCCCAACUGGUCAAGGUGUUAUUGCCGUUGACUGGAUCUCAGGCUUGAACGGUGGAUGGACCACCAUCAUGAAUGAAGAUGGUGACACUUCAUCCACUUGUAAAGACGGUUACUACUGCUCAUACGCUUGUCAAGCUGGUAUGUCCAAGACCCAAUGGCCAUCUGAACAACCAUCUAACGGUGUUUCCGUUGGUGGUUUGUACUGUAAGAAUGGUAAGUUGUACAGAUCCAACACUGACAACAACUACUUGUGUGAAUGGGGUUCAGACAAUGUCAAAUUUGACUCACAAAUCUCCAAGGACGUUGCUAUCUGUAGAACCGACUACCCAGGUUCAGAAAACAUGAACAUCCCAACCUUGUUGUCUGCCGGUGGCACUGCUCCAGUCUCUGUUGUUGACAGUGACACUUACUACACAUGGAAGGGUGGCAAGACCUCUACUCAAUACUAUGUCAACAAUGCUGGAGUUUCCGUUGAGGAUGGUUGUAUCUGGGGUACUUCUGGAUCAGGUGUCGGUAACUGGGCUCCAGUUGUCCUUGGUGCCGGUACUACUGGUGGUAAGACUUAUUUGUCUUUGAUUCCAAACCCAAACAACACUGAAAAGCCAAACUACAACAUCAAGAUCACUGGUGACGACGUUAAUGGUAACUGUAAGUACGAGAAUGGUCAAUACAAUGGUGCUGGCUCAGACGGAUGUACCGUUACCGUCAACUCAGGUGACGCUAAAUUUGUCUUUUAUUAA